CCUCCUCCUCUUGGCUCCUGCCUCUGCCUGCCACUAGCAGCAGCAAGCGGAGAGGCGGCGAGGGCGUCCGUCAGGGGGGAGAGCUCCUGCCGUGCUGCGCUUCGUCUCCCGUCCCGUUGGUUCUUCCCGAGUAGCUCGUCAGCAAUGGAGAAUCUGAGAUCUGAAAACGGCCACCAAGGUGUUGCCAUGGAGGGCGUCAAGUUUGCGCCGGAGAUGGCCAACACCAACCGGAGAGCCCUCAGUGACAUCAAGAACAUAAUAGGAGGCCCGCACCAACACUUGGCUGUCAGCAAGAGGGGUCUCUCAGAAAAACCAGCUGCUGCUGUAAAUACUAAAGAUCAAGCUGGCUUUGUUGGACACCGUCCGGUCACCAGGAAAUUGGCUGCAACAUUGGCAAACCAACCUACGGCUGCCCAUCUGGCCCCAAUUGGAAGUGAAAGACUGAAAAGAAACGCAGAUACAGCAUUCCACACACCUGCAGAUAUGGAAAACACAAAAAUGACUGAUGACAUUCCCUUUCCUAUGCUGUCGGAGAUGGAUGAAAUGAUGAGCUCUGAGCUGAAAGAGAUCGAGAUGGAAGAUAUUGAGGAGGCAGCACCCGAUAUUGACAGUUGUGAUGCAGGAAACUCCCUGGCUGUGGUUGACUAUGUAGAUGAAAUUUACAGAUUUUACAGGAAAACUGAGGGUGCAAGCUGUGUCCCUACAAAUUACAUGUCAAGCCAAACCGAUAUAAAUGAGAAGAUGCGUGGCAUUCUAAUUGACUGGCUGAUAGAGGUACACUACAAAUUAGAGCUGUUGGAGGAGACCCUUUUCCUAACUGUGAACAUCAUAGAUAGAUUCUUGGCACGUGAAACUGUGGUGCGGAAGAAGCUUCAGUUAGUUGGUGUAACUGCUAUGUUGCUCGCAUGCAAGUAUGAAGAAGUGAGUGUACCGGUGGUCGAGGAUCUGAUCUUAAUCUGUGAUCGUGCCUAUACAAGGGCUGAUAUUCUUGACAUGGAGAGGAGGAUAGUGAACACACUUAAUUUCAAUAUGUCGGUGCCGACUCCAUACUGUUUCAUGAGAAGGUUUCUAAAGGCAGCACAAUCUGAGAAGAAGCUUGAACUCCUGUCUUUCUUCAUGAUCGAGCUGAGUCUUGUCGAAUACGAGAUGCUCCAGUUCUGCCCGUCUAUGCUAGCAGCUGCUGCCAUCUACACAGCUCAAUGCACCAUAAAUGGGUUCAAGUCCUGGAACAAAUGCUGUGAGCUACACACAAAAUAUUCAGAAGAACAACUAAUGAUUUGCUCUAGGAUGAUGGUUGAACUGCACCAAAGAGCAGCUCAUGGAAAACUUACCGGGGUCCAUAGAAAGUACAGCACUUUUAGAUAUGGCUGUGCUGCGAAAUCGGAACCCGCAACUUUCUUGCUGGAUGCAAGAACCUAAGCUUGAACUAAUAUAAUUGGCUGGUUAUACACACUCUAACUACUUCCAUGGAAAGAGUGAAAGAGUGUAUAUAGACUAAACUACAGAGUGGGGUCUGCAUAUAUGCAACAGCUGUUGCAGCAACUAUUUGGUGGGCUGGGUUGGUGUGUUGUAUAACUUAACCUCAAUGAAACAGUGUUUGUGUUGUUUAGGUUUUUUUCCAAUUAUAUCCAUUGGAAUUUAAUUCGUUGUAUCUUGGGCAUUAUUCUUUAGUCAUGUCAUGUGACACUUCUGCAAUCUGGAAAUAAACAUUGAUUGUGUGGAUC